CAAUCGGCGGGACUAAUCCAGCAUGCCUGGAGAACGUUCCUUCAACGAAGGAACAUCCAGAGAAAGGAGGUAUUUGAAAUGAUCUUUUCAUUUAUUGAAAAUUGAAGGGAAGGCUGAGGUUACAAAUUUAUUUGCCCAAUAUUUUGACUAGACAAAACUAGUCUUCAAGCUAAGUGAGAAUAAAAUAAACGGUUAAAGUAUUUAAAAUAAUACAAAAAUAAAAAUAAAAUAACAUUGGUGGAGGAAGACAAUAGACGAAAGACAAAGUUGUCGUCUAUCGCAUUCCUCCACCAAUCACAUUUUAUUUAUAUAUUUUUAUUAUUUUAAACACUUAACCGUUUAUUAGUGUGAUACAGGGCACAUGGAGCAAAUUUAUAUCGCAACUAAGAGACUUUCAACGAAGAGAGGUAAUGAAUGAAAAUAAAAAUAAUGACAAAAAAGAUAAAAGUGAUGUUUCAUACACCGUUCUCAUUUUUGACUGAAUGAUUGUUUUCUCUUUAAACAGCAAGCGACAGGCAUCAUUCAACGCGUUUGGAAGACGUUCCUUCGCCGAAAGGAGAUCAAACGAAAUGAGGUAUUAAAAGUAAUCUUUCAUUUAUUCAUUUUUUUCUUAUUUUUCAUUUAUUUUUCACUUUUUUGAAAUAGAAAUAGAGCAUGUUUUGAGUAAUACAUUCCUAAAGUUUCCUUGUCGUCUUCCUCCCGCCGAAAUUUGUUUUUUGGAAAUAUUUCAUAGUUUUUAUUUCAUAUUUGUAUUAUUUUAGAACAGAAAAUCUGUCAUGAUUAGUGUCUCCAUAAUAAGUUUCCUAACCGUUUUCCUCCAAAAUUUGUACUUUCGUUGGCCUUCUUUUUACAGGAAUGUAAUAGGAAUAAUCUAAUAACAAAUAUCAAUUUCCAAACAUACAUUUCCAAGAUACAUAAACACAGAGUGCUGUUAGUGUGAUACAGCGCACGUGGCGUAAAUGUAUAUCGCAAAUGAGAGACAUGCAACGAAGAAAGGUAAUGAAUGAAAAUAGAAAUAAUAAAAAUAAAGAGAAAAGUGAUGUUUCAUGCACAGUUCUCUUUUCUGACUGAAUAAAUAUUUUCUUUUUAAACAGCAAGCGGCAGGCAUCAUUCAACGCGUUUGGAGGACGUUCAUUCGCCGAAAGGAGACCCAACGAAAGCAGGUAUUGAAAGUGAACUUUUCAUUUAUAUAUUCACUUUUGCAUUUUUUCCUCAUUUUUUUGGAAAUAUAAACUAGAAGUAAUGUAUCCCUAAAGUUUACUAAAUCUUCUCCCUCCGAGCGGAAUUUAUGUUUUUAAUUAGAAAUAUUCCAUCCUAAAAUUUGUUUUAGAAAUGUAAUCUGAUAAGUGCAUCCGUAAUACGCUUAUUACAAGACUUCUUCCUUUCAAACUUGUGCGUUUUCGUCAGUUGCCUUCAUUUCGCAAGAAGGAAAUGACAAACCAUCCACUAUAUGGCUAAAGGAAAUAGCUUGAUGACCUAGGGAUACGUGACCACCGAUACAACUACUGGUGUGAGAUAUCAAUAAUGAUAAUCAUAAUCGUCAUCAUCAUCAUCAUCAUCAUCAUCAUCAUCAUCAUCAUCAUCAUCGUCAUUAUCAUUAUUGUUAUUAUCAUUAUCUUCAGUAGAAGUAGCAGUAGAGAAAAAGUUCCGGUGGAGUGGUGGAGGAAUACGAUAGACGAAAGACAAAGUUGUCGUCUAUCGCAUUCCUCCACCAAUCACAUUUUAUUUUUAAAGUUUCAUUAUUUUAAAUACCUUAACCGUUUAUUAGUGUGAUACAGGGCACAUGCAGCAAAUUUGUAUCCCAACUGAGAGACUUUUAACGAAGAGAUGUAGUGAACGAAAAUAAAAAUAAUGACAAAAGAGAUAAAAGUGAUGUUUCAUGCACAGUUCUCAUUUUUGACUGAAUAAUUGUUUUCUCUUUAAACAGCAAGCGGCAGGCAUCAUUCAACGCGUUUGGAAGACGUUCCUUCGCCGAACGGAGAUCAAACGAAAUGAGGUAUUGGAAGUGAUCUUUUCAUUUAUUCAUUUUUUUAUUUUUCAUUUGUUCCUCACUUUUUGGAAAUAACAAUUAAGUAAUGCACCCUUAAAGUUAAGUAAUUUUUUUACCUCCCGUUGGAAUUUGUGUUUUAGGCUAUUUCAGCAUACAUCAUUCUUCUAGAAAUAAAAGCGGCUGAAUAAUGCAUCUAUAUUGCGUUUACUAACUUUUUUUUACGUAAAAUGUGUGUGUUCCUUGCCUUCAUUUCACAAUUAAUAAGGUAAAUGUAAGUUAAUGACAAACCAUCCACUAAAAAAGUCAUAUAUCCAAAAAAAACCAUGAAACCUAAAAAAACAAAAGAAAAGAAAGGAAAUAUGUUUUUUCUAUCUAAACAGAGUGCGGCAAGUCUCAUCCAGCGUACGUGGAGAGAUUUUGCAUUGCGAAUGAGAGAGAUCCGACGAAUGGAGGUAAUACGUACAUCCUUAAACUGUGAAUUCCAUUAAAACUGUUUUCUUUGGACAGCAAGGUCGCCCGAUACUUAGAUGCCUUCUUUCUCAUAUCGACUUGGAGGAGUUAAGAAAGAACCUGGAAUCUGGGAAUUUUCCUUUAAGAUAUUUUUUGGGAUGCUGGGAUUUGGAAUCCAAAAUACAGCUCAAGAAAUCCAGAAUCCAAGACGUGGAAUCUAGAAUCCAAAACUUCCUUUGAUUUCCGGCCUUUAUUUAAAUACCAAUUUCUAAAAGUCACUAACAGAAAACUCUCAGUAACAGUAACGUAACAUCACGAACUUUGAAUUUUACAGACUGGAAGGAAGAGGAAAAUCUCGGGAGAUAAGAAGGCUGAGCCUCCAGUUAAACGCCUGCACACAGAUAAUGUCUGGUGGGCAAACGGAAUUGAUGACUUUUUUAAUGUCAACUUUCUAGGUCAAGGCGGUUUUGGCAAGGUAAGAAAAUUGCAAUAUUGUAACCUUAUUUGACAAGUAAAAAAACGAAAAAAAAAUAAAGAAAUACAUUUUUAAUACUAGACGUUGCUACGAGAAGUAGCAAUGCUUGCCCAGUUAUUACAUAGUACGUUCACGGCAGUGUCGGAUAUCGUGUAAUUGUAAGAACUAGCAAAUAGUUGUCUCACGUUAAUGUCUUUACCAAAACGUGAAAUCGUCUAUCAGUUUCGAGUCGUGGUCGAGCAACGACGUUAAAGACAUGAGUAAAGUUUUCUUUGGUCAAGUGAAUCUAAACCAAGAAGGACUUGAUAUCUGAACUUGAUUAAAAUGUGCGAACGUCUCAGGAAUUAGACCUCCGAUUAAUUACAACCUCUAAAAAUAACUUUAAUGAAAUUCAAAUAUCCUGGCCAACGCCCUCAAAUUCCCUCUCUUUCUCAUUAUACGAUCAAUUUAGGUUUCCGGGAAACUGCCCACCUACUCCUCCCCUAAAUCAACAUUUUGCCUUAAACGAGAAGUAAAUGUUAAUGUUGGCUUAGGGGAGGGGUAGGUCAUUGGUAGUUUUCCAGAGACCUAAAUUGAUCCAUACCCUCUUGUCUAAUCCUAUUGCUUUUUUAAUUUGCGCUUUCUAGUUCAUUGUGCCGUCAUCGUCGUUGCUUAAGGUCCGUAGACCUUACAAACGUACGACAGCGACGGCAACGGGAACGCCAAAAAGCAAUAGGUUUAAUGAGCAGAACAACAACUCUGCACGUGCAUCACGCUUUUUUGUACAUUUCUUUGCAGUCUCUGCAUAAUUACGACGUGAAAUGACCAAAUUUUCAGUUUACUUUUUACUUGGGAACGGCGACGGCUUCAGCUCCAACCCAGAUUCCCUUCUUUUAAGUAACUGGUCCCCUUGGAAUAAUCGCAAAAAAAGUGAAAGCAUGUGAAGUCUAUUUUACCGCGACGUUUUCAUGGACGCCGCCGUUGUCGGAUCGUAAGGUCCCUAAUAUCCAUGCGCAAGCCUCAGAUCUGACAUAAAAAAAAUCGAGAGAAUUUCAUCGGUUAUAUGCUAAAUCAAAACAAAAGCCUGUUAAAAUGGAAGAUGGCCUGCUUAGGCCAGCCAGCAAAAUUCAUCUACUCUGGGUUAUUUUUACGAGACAGUAAUAACAGAGUCAAUGUUUUCACAUUAGGUUGUUUACCGAUUGCUACUCUCAAAACAUUUCAAACGGGAAUCUCUACGUACCCUUGUGGAAACAAAAGCUAUCUUAGGAUCACUCACUUUUAAAAGAUAUGUAUCAUUGCUUAGGUUUUCCAGGUUGCCAACCGUAACUCUUCUGAAGAUUACGCCAUGAAACUAGUGAAAAGAAAGGAGGGUAAAAAAGAAGUAGCAAUGCUUGCCCAAUGUCGAGGAACAGGAUUCGUGACAAACAUCUGUGGUUUGAUUUGCGUAAAGGUAUGGAUAAAUUGUUAUGAUACGAUUAAAGGAUGACACCUUGCUCCUGUUCGAAGUCUGACUAAGCACUAAUCCUGGGAUAAAUUCUUCAUUUUUGUUGUAAUUUCCUUACAAAAACAACCAAAAAAGUUAUAUUCCAGUCCCCAUGUUUUUUUUAUAUUUCACUACCCCCUCACAUCCCUCUUAUUCACAAACUUACCGAACGGUAAUGAUUCGAUUUAGCGCCCGGGGGGCUUAUUUACCUUUGGUACCUCAAGGUAUCGCUUAUUUGAGACAGGGCGCUUAAUCAGCACAGGACGCUUAUUUCUUCGUUGAGAAACAACCGACUUGUCAAAACAAAACUUUAAUAUUACUUUCAUUAAAAGAGGCAAUAACAGAAACUGUAACAGUAACAAAAAUAUAUUGUGAAUGUUCAGUUAAAGUGAAAAACUCAGACGAGGACCACUGUUCUUGUAAGGUGGCAUUACCGUUCGUUUUCUGAGUAAUUAAAGUAAUAUGAACCUCAGUUGAUACGUUCCCUAAUAUUACGAUGGGGGCGCUUAGCAGAACGGGGGCACUUAAUAACAAAAACACAUUCGAAGAGGAGCGCUUUUUCGAGAGGAGACUCUAAAUCUAAUCAUCACGGUAGGCGACGUACUUGGACAGGACCAUGACUCACCAUGCUUAUUAUGCAACGCUUGUCAUCGUUUCUUCUGCUUAAAAAGCUUCAUUUUGGCUUAAUCAUCAUGGCCUGCUGUGUGCUUACAAAAAUGGCGCAACAGACCAAUUUCGAUAUAAUAUAUAGGUUUAGUCAAGCUAAAAAGCUAAAAAGAUCUAUCGGCAGUAAUUAAACGUUAAUUUCUUUUUACGCAAGAAGGAAACUAAAUUCCUCCUGAGAACCAACAACUGGUCAGCGAAGAACUAAUAAAAAACACGCCAAACCCAAAAUAUAUUUUAUACCUGGGCCUUCGAUAUGGUCAAAUGAUACUAGUCAGCAAGUACUCAAAAAUUUAAACACAAUUAUCCAAAACUCAAGACAUGGCAGUGAUAUAAAUGAUUUUUUUUUAUGACAAUGAAAACUACGCGUGGAAAAGUAGUUCACAUGUUACGUUUGUGUAAGGAACAUCGUACUACUGUUUUUCUUCCUUUUUUCGACAGGGAUUCCUUGGUAUUAUAAUGGAAUUUUGCAGCAACGGAAAUCUUGAGACGCAGCUCUCGGCUGUAAGGAAAUUUUCGGAGAACGUUUGCAGGUAAUGAAAUAGUUUCACUUGCAAUACUCUGGAUGGGAGGAGAGGGGUACCUCCCUGGCUGUUGUUGCUUGUAUAAUUUGUUUUUGUUUUUUAAUAUUAUAAUUAUCAAUAUUAUGAUUCUCAUUAUAAUUGUGUCAAUAACAAAGUGCUUGAUUUUAGAUUUUUUGCAGCCGAAAUAAUUUGCGGGUUAGAGUACAUACACACCAAAGGCAUUAUUCACAGGUAAGUAAGGCAGGGUGUUGUAUUUAAUCAAUCAUAAAUACUGAGACGACACUCUAAGGAUGCACUUAAUCAUUCAAAAAUAUCAAUUAAUUAAUGAUUAAUUUGCAAACAAACAGUAUCACGUGAAUUAAAGUUCUAUAUGUGUAAGGGAUGCAUUUUAAAAGCAGAUCAACGAUGUUUAUUAAAUGACUUCUUCCUUCAUUGACCGAACAUCUCCCUCUUUUACUCCACCCCUCGCGCUCACACCCCCACUCUCCCCUGCUUAAUAUAACGGUUUGGAAUUUUCCAUAUCGUGGAAAGUUUUUUUUAAUUAUUUGUUAUUUCGGACACACAAACAAUUACAAUACAUUACAUUUACAUUUCAUUACAAUAAUUUCUAAUUAUUGGUUACUAAAUGGAAAACUGGGCUUUGCACUGACGGCCGGGAAAGCCUAUUUUACAAAACCACGAUCCAAUAAUACUUUUAAAAUCUACCGGUUUGGCAUUUUCUACAACGUGAAAAGUUUUCUUUUUUGGACUUUUCGCAGAAUUCAAUCUAUAGUUUGUGAAACAACAACAACAACAACAACAUACUAUAAAAUAACAACAACAACAAAACUAGAAUAUUUUUUAUUGUUCUUUGUCUAAUUGACUAGGGAUUUAAAGCUGGAAAAUCUACUAUUGGAGGAAGAUGGCCACCUAAAAAUAGGGGACUUUGGGCUCGCGAAAGCAGUAAAAGGACAAACAACCACAGGCAUCUGUGGAACUCCACGUUACAUGGCACCCGAGGUAGGCCCAAUUUUUUAUAAUUCCGAUUACAGAUCUAGCCAUCAAAUACAAGAUAUAUGCCGGUUAAUAUCACUUCAAACAAAAACUGUGCAUCAGCGCUUAGAUAAAAAUCAAACACAAGACUCUAUGGAGCGUACACUUUGGCGUCGUGGUUGUGGAACGGAUUAAUUGUAAACGAGGAGGAAUAGUAAGAAAUGCAAUAUGGUAAGGUGUUAAUUUGUGAAAUUAUGGGAUUUGUCAGGAUAUUCUGAAAAGAGCAAUAUCCAAGAGGCUUACUUGCCAAAAGCUAGCAUUUCGGGGCAAAUUAUCUCUGAGAUACUAGCCCGGUUAUGCUCUGGUGACUCCAUACAAAUUCUUCAAAAUUUAACUUGGGUCUAAACGUUUAGACCUAAGUCAAAUAUGAGGUUACUGGCAGUGAAUAAGAAGUCCAACAAAACGAACAGUGAAAAAAAAAUUCUCUAUUUUUCUUACGUACAUCAGGCUUCAAAAACAGCAUAGCAGUCUUAUGUACUGAUUAAAGAUAGGUAAGGCAUGCGCAAGGAGUCAAUUACGUUAGCAUGAAAUUGGCUAAAAUUCAAUGUUACAAGUUCGAAUGUUUUGAGGAUAACUAUUCACUGACUAUUAGUAAUCAGGGAUGUCGGAUUAACACAAGGAAGUUUAAUACCAACCUGACCUGACUCAUGCUGAAAUGUACAGAUGCCCUAAUUAAUUAUUCAUGACUAAUCCAAAAACGUAGAGAACGUUUGAGAAAGUCACGCAACGUAUGAAUGCAAUAUUACUACGUAAAACUCAACAAAGACAAAACGUCUUCGUGCAGCAUUUUGUAACUUUAAAUUCAUCAUAAAACAGUUCGAAAGGAGCGCUCACUCGUGAAAUGUUAUUCAACACUCGAAGAGAAAUUUCGUGUCUCUGCGUGGUCAUGUAAUAUCCUCUAUUUAUUCAUCGAGUAAAUUAAAGACCAAACUCGAAGUGAUCUCAAGAUAUCUCGAAGUAGUCCGGUCUCAUUUCGUGAAAUAGCCGAAAUAAGCCGAAACGUCACAAACUUGCGCACCCAAUCUUGUCCCGAGACUAGUGUAUAAUUUCAUAGCUAUUUUUCAUAUCCUGAACUGCUUUGGGUCUCAGUGUAGCGCAAUCGGCUAAUCCCUCAACUUAGAGUCUCCUCUGUUCUGAAGGGUCACACAGGUGAGUCGGUUCAAACCUCGUGAAAGCCAAAAUAAUAAUUCUUUCAUCCUCGAAUGAGUUAAAGAAUAAAUCAAAGAAGUCGAAGUGAUCUCGAGAUGUCUCGAACCAAUUCGGCUCUCACUUCGUCAAAUAGCCGAAUAAAUUAACCGAAAACCUACAUACUUUGCGUGCCCAAUCUUGUCCCAAAAGUAUCAGCUUUGAACAUUCCUGAGCGUCGCGAAUCCUUUACUUCUCGCUCCGCCGAAGUAAUAAGGAGCAAUGUUUAACUGCAAAUCAAACACGAGAACUAGUAUUUGAUAACAUAGCAAACACACAAUAAAAAAAUUGAAGUGCAUAUCAAGCACGAAGAGCAGUGUUUAAUUACAUAUCAAACAAGAAGGAAAGAGUUGAGAACACAUCGAUUUGAAUCAUCACUGAAUGACACUAGACAUUUCUAAGACUGUGAUAACUUGAUGUCGCGGUUUGAUUACUGGUUUUUUAUGAAAAGAGAAAAAAAAGUUUUUGAAUUUACAUUUACUAGUUAAGAUCAGUGGUUAUGACCAUUAAUUAAUAAAUAUUUAUUUGGGAUUCGAUGCUUACUAAUUUAGAACUAUAACUUUGUAAUUAGUGACCGGUCCGCACCAUGAAAGCUUUCAACAAGAAACUUCUUUUUGACACAAAAAUUGGCCCAGUUGACCAAUGGUCAGUCGGCACUAAUAUAAAUAAUUUCAGUCGUCAUACAAUUUCAGUUUCCUUCAUAUUUAAAUGUUGAGUUAUAUUUCAGUUAACCUGCCUUAUUGCAUUAAAUUACAGAUGCUUGACAGCAAACCAUACGACGCUUCUGUUGACUGGUGGUCAAUGGGCGUAAUACUAUAUAGACUGCUGGUUGGCGAGGUUUGUAAGCCAAUUUGGCUUUUAUAUAUCUUCGUUGCUGAAAAUCAAAGUUGGUGAAGACAUCUUUAAACAACUAAUUUAUAAAAGAUUAUCCGUAAAUAUCACAUGCUAUUUCCACUGACUGAGAAAGGCGUUUACUACUACUACACCACUACUACAUGUAGUACUAGUACUAGUACUACUAGUACUACUACUCCUACCAGUACUAGUUCUAGUACUAGUACUACUACUGCUAGUGCUACUGUUACUGCUACUGCUACUGCUACUGUUACUGCUACUGCUACUGCUACUGCUACUACUACUACUACUACCACUUCUAUUACUACUACUACUACUACUACUACUACUGCCACUGCUACUGCUACUGCUGCUUAUAAUAAUAUUUGUAUACGUAGUACAAGUUACAAUUUAUUUCGAUAAAAAACUCCUAAUUUCGAUUAAAAAAUUCCGUUUCAAUUAAAAAGAGUUAUUUGAGUUAAAAACAUUUCAUUUCAUUUGAAUUAAAAAAAAAAUCACUUCAAUUUUUGUUUUUAAAACCUAUUUUCUAAAGUAAACGUAAACGUAUUCUAACUAAAAAAAGGAAAAUAUAAUAACGUUCUCAAUUGUCUUUUGGAAUAUUCGAGAGUCAGUUUUCAAUAUCUAAAUCCAUAUCUGACAGUUCUAAAUAGACUCUACUAGUACUCCCGAUCCUCGUGAACAAAGUAAAGCUGGUCUUAGCAGGGCAAAUGACACUUCGGCCCGGAUCCAUGACAUGGUAGUCAUAUAGCUUUCUCCCUUCUUUGUAGCAACUAGCUCGGCAAGCCUACUAAGGUAUCGUUUACAUUCCACUACCAUUCUACCUUCCGUGCUGAAAAACGUUAUGGCGUGAAUGUAGCUUGCUCUACUUCUAAUCGGCUAGCCUACUGGCUCUUCUGCCCUGUUUUUGUGUUGCCUAAAUAUCUGGUCUGGAUCAGCUAGCAGCUAGUAUCAGGAACUUCCCACUCGUACCUUAGUUUCACAACUUCUUGAAACUCAUUCUUGUUUAGAUCAAAGUUAUGAUUUAGAGUUAUAAUAAAAAGUUAUAAGCAUAAGUUUAUAAUAAUAAUAAUAAUAAUAAUAAUAAAAAUAAUAAUAAUAAUAAAAACAAUUUUAAUAACAACAAUGCAACAAUGCAAUGUAACAAAUCACAAUGCUGAUGUCUUCGUUGUAAGUUACUUUUAAAAAUGGUCUUUCUAUAUAAGUAAGCUGUUUAUAGCACAGGCUGAUAAUACAGCACGGGUAAAAAAACUGUGUUUUUGUUUUGAUACAUUAGUAUCCCUUUGAUUGUGACGAUGAGGAUGACUUAGACUCGUCUGAAGAAGAAAAACAAAUUGUGGCUGAGAUAUUGCACAGCCCUGUUUAUUACCCCGACCAUCUCUCUACUCAGGCAGAGGACUGCAUAACUCAGGUUAGUAACAAAGUUAACUAGAAAUACGUUAUCGCAAAAACCUUGUACUUAUUUCUUUGUAGCUACUGGUCCAAAUUGCUUCAAUGUUCUGUAAUACACUUUUAUCGUCCAAAUUAAUCGACAAAAGCAUUUCUUGAUCGCCAAAACGGCCGCUAAUAUAGUCAAAACAACGCCGACCAAGUUUCUUGUUUGAUGACGUUAAUGCAUUGCGGGUAGCCAGAAACAUGGAAAUAUGGGCCACACUGGUUUGCAGGUCGCUAUGACCCACGUGCAAGCUGCACGAUGCACGCGCAACAAAAUUAUAACCCGUGCUUUCGCGCGGGUGCCUUUGGCGCUUCGCUUCGAGAGGAACAACCUUACUUCAAGUUGGUACCUGCGUAAAUUAAUGGAAUUCAUUUAACUGUAAUUUUAUCAAAUAUAUUUCAAAGAGUUCAAAGACAACCAAAAUAGUUCACGGUAAGAGUUAACGAUUUCGAGGCUUGAUAAUUUAAACCUACCCUUUCCUUUGCUUAAGUAACAACACAGUCCUACAAGACUUUUAUUUAAGGAUCCUGAUAUCUAUAUCAUAUCUAUAUAUUUUUUCGUCAUUUGUUACAGCUAUUGGAACGUACACCGCAAUAUAGACUGGGAUACAAGAAGGGAUAUUUCCCUUGCAUCAGGAACAACUCAUUUUUGGUUAAUACCCCAUGGGAAGAAGUGGAGCAAAGGAGGAUGAAGUCCCCUUAUAAGCCAGUGCCUGUAAGCAGUGUGAGCUAUGUUGGUACCAUAUACAAAAAUACUAAGAUACGCCCAUUGCAGUACUGUAAAGACAAAAAACAAUAUUUUCAUGAUGACUAUAAUCAUCAUCAUCAUUUUUAUUAUAACUUCAAUUUCGACCCAACUCCAACUAUUAUUUAAGCAUUAUUAACUAGUAAAAAUGUCAUCAUCAUUAUCAUCGUCGCCGUCAUCAUCAUGAUUAUCAAUUGUCAUAACUAUUAUCAUCGUCAUUAUCAUUAUUGUUAAUGUCAACGUAAUCAUCAGCAGACGAAGAAGUAGAAAAGUGGUGGUCGUGGCAGUGGUAGUGUUAGUAGUAGUGGUAGUAGUAAUGGUAGUGGCAGUGGCAGUGGUAGUAGUAGUGGAAGUGGAAGUAGCAGUAGUAGUAGUUAUAGUGGUGUGGGUAGUGGUAGUGGUAGUGGUGGUGGUGGUGGUGUGGCAGUGGUACUUGUAGUGGUCGUGGAAGUAACAGUAUAGUAAUAAAUUGCUUUAUUUGCAUGACCGCAUCAUUGUAUAGUAUUGCAAAAGCAUGCCUAUUACAAUCAAAGUAUAAAACAAACAACACAAUAAACUAAAAAAUUCAGCUACAUUACUAACAAUGAAUCACGUAUUUUCAUACAGGAGGAAAUAAACUUGGUAACUAACUUACUUACAUGAUGUUCCUUCGAAUUCAUUAUCAGCAGUAGUAGUAAGUAGUAGUACUGUAGUGGUGUGGCAGUGGUAGUUGUAGUGGUCGUGGUAGUAGUAGUACUAGUAUUGGUAGUGGUUGUGGAACUAGUAGUGUUGUGGUAGCGUAUAUUUCCUGGAUUCUGAUUAUCAUAAGUCUCCCUUCCUCCAGCGGUCUUUUUAGUGAGGAUCAAUCACUGACCUUUUUCUCUUAUUUCAGGCCAGCUGCUCUACUUCGUCCCAGUCUACAACAUGUUCCACAGAAUCGUUACCAUCAAUCGACAGAGUAGACUGACUUCAAUAAAAUGUAUGGAGGGUUAAAAUUAGCUUAGAUGCUUUAAUCUGUUAUGAUCUUUUCAUUAAUUAAAUUGACUGGUUUGAAUUUGUUUUUUUUAACUCGCCAAAAACAAAAAAUAAUUUCAUGAAGAUGAAGCAAACUUUUUUUGUCAUCAGCUAGCUUCCUGAGUCCUCGCUCAUAUAUUGCACGAUCUACCAACUGAUUCUUCCCUUCUCGACGAAGGCCACAAGCCUUCAUGAAAAUUUUUAUCGGCAAAGAGGAAUCCAGCUAACUUAUAAUGAGUAUUUUAUCGUACACGCUACAGCUACAGUAAAACCUGAAUAAAGCAGAUCUCUUUUUUUUGUAAAGGCGAGGGUUUCAAGUAAAGGAGUUAAGUUUGUUCGUUUUCUCUGGAGUUUGUACUCCAUUAUUGCUUUUUAGCCUUUCUGCUCCUUUCACGUUAGAAGUCUUUAGAGAGAUUAAAGCCCCGUGCAAACGGACGCAACAUUGCUGGCCAACAACUCCCAACAUUGCUGGAUGUUACAUGUUGCGUCCGUUUGCACACCCUGUUGCAUGUUGUUGGAUGUUGUUGGGAGUUGUUGCGCCAAGCUUGAAACCGGUCAAACUUUUCAGCCAACAACUCCCAAAAUUUCUUUUGUUCCGUGAUCGCCGAAGCGUAGCGCAACAAUGUUGGAUCCGUUGUUGGGGCCACGCACGCUCAUUACGUAUGGAUUACAAAGACUUAUGGGUUGUAUUCUUCCCACGAUGCACUGCAGGUCCCAACAUUGUUGGGAGUUGUUGCAUCCGUUUGCAUACCACUGCCAACACGCACGCAACAACUACCAACAUUGUUGGCGCAACAAUGUUGGGAGUUGUUGCGCCCGUUUGCACGCAGCCUAAGAUUCGCGUUUACGCCAAACGGCAGCUGUGAAUUUGUACCACGUGACCCCUUAAUUCCGUGUCCCCACUCUUUAUUGCUUCUAACCAUAGGAAUCGUUCGGGACUGUUUUUAUCCGCUUAUUUUCCAUUCUGAGAAAUUCUCAACUUGAAUCUGACGUUUGCCGUUUGCGGUAAACGUGAAUCUUAAUCUCUCUUUUGUCAUGUUUACGCCAAACGACAAACGUGAAUUUUUACCACGUGACCAAGUUUUCCCUUUAAAUUACGCUUACUGUUUGCUACUUCAACACAAACAUAAAAAGUUUCGAGCUAGUGUUAUCCAACUUGAAUCUGACUUUUGCUGUUCGAUGUAAACGUGAGCCUUAAUCUCUCUAAUAGCUCGCAAGAAGGUUAAUUACCACUUACCACACAUAAACAAACAUAUUACAUUUAUGCAACAAUAGCUUUUUUGUUUAAACAUUCUGAUUUUGAUUCUGAAGUCUCUGUUUCUUUUUUUCUUUUCAGGUCCUGGAUAACAAUACUUAUGUUGCGAGUAGACUUUAUGCGACAGGAAAGAGAGGAAUUGCUUACUGUUUGCCUUAUCAUUGCUGA